AUUUAAAUGAUUAGGUCUGGCGGGAAGGGGUGAGUUGGGAAUGGAGGAAGAUGAAAUGGUUUGGUGUUCCUCUGAUUCUUGUUCUUCUGAUUCGGGAGAGGAAGACAUCGAAGAACGGAAAUCGCAAAACGUGGAUGCACUAGUAAGGGGUAAUCUUGUCGUGAAGAGACAGUCGCUGCUACCGCGGCUUCUUUCAGUAUCGCAAGGGGCGGCCGUAUGUAGAAAACCCUUUAAACCUCCAUCCUCCAGAACUCAUGCUUCCACUUACAAUCAAGACCUCACUCGGAGGCUUUCCGCUCGCAAAAGGUUUGUUCCCUGGGGUUCUUCCUCUCCUAUUCCUAGACCUGCGAUCUCCGACUUCCAAUUCAACCUAUCGGUAACUGAUGUUGAUGUUCCUGUUUCUGAGGAGCCGAAACCAUCUCUGCCCCCGGGGAUCGACCCUUUAGUACUGUGGCACCCUCAAGACUCCCACGAUGACCCCUCUAAUACUAAUUUUACCACCAUUACAGUUGACCCUUUGCUUGUUCGUUACCUUCGUCCACAUCAGAGAGAAGGGGUUCAGUUCAUGUUUGAUUGUGUCUCUGGUCUGUGUACCACACCAAAUAUACAUGGAUGCAUUUUGGCAGAUGAUAUGGGUCUGGGGAAGACAUUGCAGUCCAUCACAUUACUAUAUACUCUACUUUGUCAAGGGUUUGAUGGCAAACCAUUGGUUCAAAAAUCUAUCAUAGUGACUCCUACCAGCCUUGUCAGUAAUUGGGAAGCUGAAAUAAAAAAGUGGGUUGGUGAAAGAGUUCGUCUUGUCGCUCUAUGUGAGAGUUCAAGAGAAGAUGUUGUCUCUGCGAUUGACAGUUUUACAAAUACCGAAAGAAAUUUACAGGUUCUCAUUAUUUCAUAUGAGACAUUCCGAAUGCAUUCUUCAAAGUUUAGCUCUAGUGACUCAUGUGACCUUCUCAUAUGUGAUGAGGCUCACAGAUUGAAAAAUGAUCAAACGAUAACAAACCGGGCAUUGGCAGCUCUUCCCUGCAAACGAAGAAUUUUAUUGUCAGGAACUCCCUUACAAAAUGAUUUAGAAGAAUUCUUUGCAAUGGUUAACUUUACCAAUCCUGGAAUAUUGGGCAGUAUUGCACAUUUUCGACGUUACUAUGAGGCACCAAUUAUUUGUGGAAGAGAACCUGCUGCCACUGUUGAAGAGAAGAAGAUAGGUGCAGAACGCUCUGCUGAAUUAAGUGUCAAUGUUAAUAGGUUCAUAUUAAGAAGGACUAAUGCAUUGUUAUCAAAUCACUUGCCACCUAAGAUAGUUGAAGUUGUUUGCUGCAAGUUGACUCCACUACAGUCAGACCUAUAUAAACAUUUUAUACAAUCGAAAAAUGUGAAGAGGGCAAUUACUGAAGAACUAAAGCAAUCAAAGAUUUUGGCCUACAUAACAGCUCUCAAAAAAUUGUGCAAUCAUCCAAAGCUUAUCUAUGAUACCAUACGAAGUGGCAGCCCAGGAACUUCGGGUUUUGAGGAGUGUAUCCGAUUCUUCCCACCUGAAAUGUUAUCUGGAAGGUCUGGCUCGUGGACCGGAGGACAUGGAGCAUGGGUUGAACUAUCCGGGAAAAUGCAUGUCUUGGCAAGAUUACUUGCUCAUUUACGUCACUGAACUAAUGACCGCAUUGUCCUUGUCUCAAACUACACUCAGACUCUCGAUCUUUUUGCUCAAUUGUGUCGCGAACGAAGGUACCCUCAUUUGAGGCUUGAUGGCUCCACGUCAAUUAGUAAAAGGCAGAAGUUGGUCAACUGCUUUAAUGAUCCAUCGAAGGACGAAUUUGUUUUUCUCUUAAGCAGCAAGGCUGGUGGUUGUUGACUCAAUUUGAUCGGUGGAAAUCGACUUGUCUUGUUUGAUCCUGAUUGGAACCCAGCAAAUGAUAAACAAGCUGCAGCAAGAGUAUGGAGGGAUGGACAGAAGAAAAGAGUUUAUAUUUAUAGAUUUUUGAGUGCUGGAACUAUAGAAGAAAAGGUUUACCAGCGUCAGAUGUCAAAAGAAGGGCUGCAAAAGGUCAUUCAGCAGGAGCAAACUGAUAGCCUUGUGUCACAGGGUAACUUUCUUUCAACAGAGGAUCUUCGUGAUUUGUUUACUUUUCAUGAAAACAUCAAGUCAGAAAUUCAUGAAAAGAUGCGAUGCAGUCGAUGUGAAACACAUGGUGGUCCUCAAAGCACUGAUGUCCAAUCAACAGAAGCUAAUGAAUCUGGAGAAGAAACCUCCGAUAUAGGUGGAUUUGCAGAAAUUGCUGGCUGCUUACAGAAUUUAAAAAGAUCAGAAAUGCAGGUAGGGAGCCCAUUGGAAGAAGAUUUAGGAAGUUGGGGCCAUCACUUUUUACCUAAUUCAGUACCAGAUGCCACCCUUCAGGCUUCAGCUGGUGAUGAGGUGACUUUUGUCUUCACAAACCAAGUUAACGGACGACUGGUACCCAUCGAGUCUAAAAUGAGUCCCAAGCUACAGAAAAAGGAACCAAAUAAGGAAUUACUCAAAUCAAUGCCCACUCCUAUUUCUUUGCAGAACGGAUUACCGGUGCAGUCUGCUUCUGGUGUUGCUAGUAUGUCAUCAUCCACUCCCAAUGUAAAUUCUGUGUGUAUUAGCAAAAACAUCUCCAAUCACUCUCUUGUUAGUAAAGUAUUACCACACAAAAGAUCACGUCCUGCUAAUAUCAGUCAUAGUAAUUUUAAGUAAUAUAUUUCCUAUUUUUCA